AUCCCACACAGUGACAGCACUGGGUAUUAAUCCCACACAGUGACAGCACUGGGUAUUAAUCCCACACAGUGACAGCACUGGGUAUUAAUCCCACACAGUGACAGCACUGGGUAUUAAUCCCACACAGUGACAGCACUGGGUAUUAAUCCCACACAGUGACAGCAGUCAGGUACACAGUGUGAACUCUUGGAGUGCAGUUGUCCAUAUUGAACCCCAGUAUUGUCUGAGCUGCUCUGUCCAUGGAGAGGAUGCUGAAGCUGAACACUGGUACACUGGUUCCCCUCCUGCAGUCAGGGGCCCCGGCAGCACCCCCUCUCCCUGGGCAGCAGUGAUAGCCACGGUGUGCACUUACCUCCUCGCUGGCAGCAGAGCCCACGAGAGAGCAGCGAGAGGAUGAACUAUCGCGAGAGUUACAAUAUGAGCCUUUCACACAGAGUAUUGCGAGCUCCUACUCACACUCACACUCACGGCUCCCUCGCCAACACGGAAACAGGCCUCUACACUCCGGGCCGCGGUGACCCACCAAGCCGGCGGCAGCCCUAGAAUCGCUACGCAGCGAGGAGACUACAACUCCCUCGCUCGCUGUAUGUGACGUCAGAAACCCGCGCCGCUCAGUCGGGCUGCACGUUGUUUCCAGGAGAGUUCGCAGAGCCUUGUAUGUGAUCGGUUCAGGAUGCCGAAAGUCAAAGCGGAGAAGAAAACCCGGAAACACCAGGCAAUCAGGAGCCAGGGUAUGUUUAUUAAUACUCAUUACUUAGCAAUACAAAUGGACAGCGAAUGCUGCAAGACCAAAUGGAGGUAUUUACAAGGAGCCAUAAAAAGAAUAUUGCUGGCCAGUGAUGGAUAACAUGUGGACAGCCAGCCCUUAUGGUUUGUAUAUAGGUAUGUGUAUACACACAAACACACACAGGCACAAAGGUAGGUAUACAUUCUUCCAGUACUGCUUUAGAAUUCACUCUCUUUGUUCUUGACUCGAGUCCACUGUCUUCAUUCACAAAAACAGUGAAGAAAUAUACUUUUAUCUGCCCUCCAAUGUUCUAUGUAACGGCCAAACUGAUAUUUAAAGGAAUUCUAUAGUGCCCGGAAAACAAACCUGCUUUCCUGGCACUAUAGGCUCCUGCAGUGCCCCUCUCCUUCGCACCUGCCCUCCCGCGACGCUGAAAGUGUUAAAACUUUACCCCUCGGCGCUGGGUCAAGCUGCGCCCACACUCCUCCCCCGCCGUCAGCCGGUGGGGGAGACCUAAUGCGCAUGUGUGGUAAGUGUUGCUCUCGCAUUAGAAUUUUUCCAUGGGAAAGCAUUAUUCAAUACUUUCUUAUGGGAAAAUCUGACGCUUGAAGUUCUCAUGCAGAACGUGAUGCCGUUGAUUUCAGAUAACGGACCAAGAGUCUGUUUCAAUUCUGGAAGUCCCUCUAGUGGCUUUCUGAUAGACAGCCACUAGAGGUGGAGUUAACCGUCAGAGAUAAUUAUUGCAGUUUCUCAGAAACUGCAAUAAUUACCACAGUAGGGUUAAGGGACAUGAUACGUUGCACCCAGACCACUUCAAUGAGCUGAAUUCUGGGUGUCUACAGUGUCCCUUUAAAUGCCUAAAAUUGAACUGCCACUUUGUUGUGUGUCAGUGUGUAUGUGUACCCAUAUAAGCUGUCAUGAUGGCUUUCAGUGAUUCAACUGUUUAACUGCAUACCUACUUUUAGUCGAGCAACAUGUACAGCAAAUAAAAAGUGGAUAAUAUGGGCUUCAAAUAAGCAGUGAGUUUGUAAUGUGUGACACUUUAAUCUUCCCAUAACAACUUUUUAACUGUUUAUUUUUAGGGGUUAUGUUCAACACUGGAAUUGGUCAGCAUAUUUUGAAGAACCCCCUGAUUGUGAACAGCAUUAUUGAUAAGGUGCGUAAAAUAUUUUGCUUGGGAUCAGUAUCUAUCAUCACAGUGCAAAGAUAUCACAACUCAUUGAAUCACAUUUAGUAUUUCACAUUGUUCUUAAUGCUAUUAUAAAAGUCUCCGUUAACUGAGUAAGAUUUCAUAGACUGUCAAUUGUGACUUAGCAUAUUAUUUUGUUAAUAAUGCAUUUUUUUUCUUAAAUCUGCGUAAAAUUUGAUACUUUGGGAUUACUGCAAAUUUAGUAUAAAUAAAGAAUAUAAUAAAUAGUUUUGUAGUCAAAUAAAUAUUUUCCCUUUUUUUGAACACCGUUGUAAAAUAAUUUUAAGUUGAAUUGUUGGCCACAGCAGGUUCAACUUGUGGUCUUGAAUCCUAUUAAAUUAUAAUAUUACAAAAUGUUUAGACACUUUACAAAACUAACUGUGAAAAGGAUUUAGUUGAAUUUCAAUAGGAUUUACUUAUAGAUAUUAAGGUUUCACCAGUUACAUCUUAAUGUUUAACUUGGACAGAAUACAACUUUUACAUAAUUCUGACUUUUUAUACCCAUGAUCUAAUAAAGCAGAAAACUCUUGUAUAGGUAUGUGCGCUUCACAUUUUGCUGCUAAUAAGUCACAGGAUUUAUAAUUAAUAUUUCUCAUUUAAAUUACAGGCUGCGAUUAGACCUACAGAUGUUGUUCUUGAAGUGGGUCCUGGAACCGGUAACAUGACAGUGAAGCUCUUAGAAAAGGCAAAGAAGGUAAUUAUCUUAACAGGUCUCAUAGCUUUUCAAUCAAGCUGGUAAGGUAUCACUGACUUCGUACGAGGGUCCUAUGAUUGUUAGCCCGAUUCUCUGUCAAUCAUCAUUUUAUUGUUUUCUUUUGCUUUAUAUAUUGGAAGCUCUAGCACCAUUACAGCAGACUGUAGUGAUCAUGACACUUAAAGAGUUACUCUAGCAUCCAUGACUAAUUAUGCUUCUUAAAGUGGUCAUGGAGGAAGGAAUCUGUAUGUGUAGCAUUUCAGCUUGACACACUGCAUAACCAUAGUUAUCUGUACUUGUGUGCUAGGGACUAGUUACACCCCCAGCACAAGUGACAUAUGCAGCCCUAGAUUCUGUUCCAAGAUCCUAAUGUCUAUUUUACGUCUAUAGUCCGUGCACGCUGGCAACAGAUGACAUGUGAUUAUACUCAGUGAUGUAUUUAGUAUCUGUGCUGCACUAGGCAUGAUGGAACUCGGGCACCCCCUAAUUUACAUUUGCCCCACCUCUUCCUGUCAGUGCCACACCUCUUCCUGUUAAACAACUAACACACACUUUGACUGACAAACUCUCAGAUACACUGACAUACACACACUGAUUUGACACAAACAAUCACUGACAUACAGGCAUACACAAUCACACACAUUCACUCAGACACACAGGUGCCCUCACAGACGCAAUCACUCAGAAACACACAUAUUCACUGACAGACAGCCACACACUGACAGACAUACACACAAUCACUCAGAUACACACUGACAGACAUACACACUGACAGUCCUUCCUCCUCCCCCUCCCCAAACAUUAACCAAUUACUUUUUCUUUUUUAGUUUAAAUCCACCCAGCCUCCCUACCUUUUGGGAGUGCUGGGUGGAUUUUAUUUUACUUGGGUUCCUGGGGUCCCUUCUGACAGGAAGGGAGGCAGGCGGGCAGCUAACUAAUAAUCCAUACGGGCGGCGCUGGCGAGGGAGCACUGAUUAGUGAGCUGUCUCUGCUCAGCUGUCUCGCGCGGCGUAGAGUGAUGCCGGGAGCCGGAAUAUGACGUCAUAUUCCGGCUCCCGGCAUCACUCUGCGCCGCGCGAGACAGCUGAGCAGUGAGCUCACAAAUCAGUGCUCCCUCGUCUGCGCCGCCCGCCUGCUUGGACUGUAAGUUAGUCGCCAGGCUAACAAGGUAUUUGCCUAGGCAUUUGGGGGCGGCAUUUUUUGCCGCCCCCUGGAAAGUGCUGCCCAAGGCAAAUGCCUUGUUUGCCUUGCGGCAAAUAGGUCCCUGAUUAUACCUCUGCAGGCAUAGCCUAAAGGGUAGUCUAAUGUCUCUCCUUCCACGCAUUGACUUCUAUGACAUCAAGAGGGAGCAUGGAAAAUCAGCACCAGGAGCCUGACAGGGCUGGUUUUCAAAUAAGUAAAACUUAUUUUAAACCCAUUUUUGUAGCAAUCGUCAUGGGGGGGACCUAAAUACUAAUGCCGAAUAGGGUAUUUUAAUUUUUUUAAUUAUAAGAGUUGGUGGUAACCCUUUAAAGUUUCUUGCUAAUAUGCAGGUGCUCAAUUUGCAAAGGACCUACCGCUCCAAAUUAACAUUGGGGGUUACCCUGCUUUUUUUUUCCCCUCUCUACCAUAGGUGGUAGCUUGUGAACUUGAUACACGACUUGUUGCUGAGCUUCAGAAACGAGUCCAAGGCUCGUAAGUAUGACUGUUCCUAGAACAAAGCAAUAUGAAAUCACCUUUGUCACUUAUCAUGAAUUAAGUUUCAUACAUUUUAAUGUUUCUGUACAGAGUUUUAGAAAAGGUUACACUAUAUUAGAAGUUUUUCUUUUUUUAUGAGAAGGUAAAAGUCCUGUGUAAUUGUCAGUGAAAUAAAUUAUACUAGUUCAACAACAAAAAAACUCUAUACAUAAUAUAUAUAUUUUAUGGCUUAUCUGCAUUAAAUAAUAUUGGAAACCCAUGUACAAAAAAUUGUCUUGAGUAAAAUGCACAUUGUGUGCAGGGAAGGUCAUCGCAGUGUAUUAACAAAUGUAAAAAUACAGCAAAAGCUGUUAUACCGGCACCACUCUAAGUAUAAGCUAUACUUCUCGUCUUUCUGAGUAUUUUAUUAACGGUACAUGAUUUGCUUUCCUGAUGUUCCUAAACCUUAAAGGCCAACUACAGUCAGGGCACUCUGUUCUUUAAAGAUUUGAAAAUGUAAGGAUCCACUGAAUAAAUGGCUGUGUGCAGCCACCAAAUCAGAACCAACAAUGUCUUUAGGAACCAGAUUGUGAUAAUGGCAAAGUCUCUAACUUUUGGCCAUGAAGGGGCUAGUAUUUAAAUAAAAGUUAAACUCUAUUCUGUACUUUGAAUGAUAAGUUGAAAACAUAUUUCUGCUUUUUAUUUGUAGAGCAGCUGCAAACAAGCUCCAGGUCAUGGUUGGGGAUGUUUUGAAGACUGAUCUGCCUUUCUUUGACCUCUGUGUGGCGAACUUGCCUUACCAGGUAUUUCCUUAUUACCUUCAUACACUUAUUACCAUUAUUAUUGUCUGCAUAGAUUUAUUAUUAAAAUGUUUUUUUUAUGGGAAAUGGGUUACAUUUACUGACUGGUUUUAAUCCUUUUCAUUUUGUGUCAUAAAUGCCAAAUAAUGUUAACAAUAAAAGUUAUACGUUCUCUUUCCAUAGAUUUCAUCCCCUUUUGUUUUCAAGCUACUUCUUCACAGGCCCUUUUUCAGGUACAUUAUUUAAAUCCGUAUUUUUCUCCCGUGUAAACAGGUUUAGCUUACCUCUGUAAAGCAGAACUCACCGCCACUUGACCACUUAGAUUCUUACUGCCUAUCUCAGCAUCUCUGAAACCAACCUUGCCUGGUCCCUUGGAUCAAACUUGCUUUUAUCUUUCUUUGUAUUCAAUCCCAUCCUGUUGCCCUUGCUGGUAAAACAUUGUUUGAUUACUCCUAAGAUUGUAAAAAAAAAAAAAAAAAUCUCUUGUCUGAACUUUUUUCUUUCUCAUAUCAACUACAAUAUGUAUCACCCCUCGGUUUCUGCUUCAUAUUGCAGUAACCUCUAGUGCCAUCCCACCAAGAAUAUGUCAAAGUUAAAAAAAAAAACACAAAAAAACCCAACUUCAUUAUAUGACUGUUUCCCAGGUCCAUCCCUCUAUUAUAUGAUGCUCUCUCCAACCUUUCCUUUAAAAAAAAAAAAGUGUAUUUAAAUAAAGAUUUUCUUUGGUUGAUCGCUUAAUACAAAUGCCCCCUACCAGUCCAGGAUUUAGGGAUUACCCUGUUAUGUCUAAAGUGUUUUGUUUUUUGUUCUUUUCUAAAAACACGUAAACACAACUGGGUAAUCCCUAAAUCCUGGACUGGUAGGGGGUACAUGAGGACUAGGUUGGGAACCACUGACUUAAUACAUUUUAAUUUGCUUGAAGCUCUGACUGUUAAAUUGUAGCUUGUGUUAAUUGUCUCUGUUUCUCAAAUGGUAGAUGUGCAGUACUCAUGUUUCAGCGAGAGUUUGCAAUGCGUCUAGUGGCCAAACCAGGAGAUAAGCUGUACUGCAGACUGUCUAUCAACACCCAGCUCUUGGCUCGUGUGGAUCACCUGAUGAAAGUAAGAACAUCUGCAGGGUCUAAAAUAAGGCUUAUUGCAUGAUUCAGAAGUUUUUCUUCUAUUUAAAAUUUGCAUUACAGUUUUAAUUAGAGCAUUUUACAGCUGUGAUUCAAAGAAACCAAGUUAUAACAAACAUGUAUUUCUAACUCUAUAAUUUUAAUCUGACUAGACUAGUGUUUUUUUAUUUUUUAUUUACCUUUCAGCCCUUACUGUGGCGGUCUCUGUAGGGAACAAUUCCUUUUUGACUGAGACCAUCAUCAUCAUUACUGCACCAAUCGGAUGGUCUCUCUGAGACCAUCUGAUUGAAAUGGCCAAUUUUCACUUCGCUAGUUAGGCGGAAGCACCUUAAGUUGCUAUCAGUGACAGCAGGAUUCAAACAACAAGGACAUGGCACCAUUCAUUGAGAUUAAGGGGCCAGGGUGCAUUUAGUGUCCUUUUAAAGAAGUCAUACUGCGAACUGCACAAAAAAAGUUUAUUAGAAGUCAUGGUAGCCAAGACUUGAUCCACUUGAAAAAUGAAUGAAUGAGAAUUCCUUGUGCACUAAAUGAAAUACAUUCACAGUGUAUCUACAGGAAUGGUUAAUUACCAAGUGUGUAAACAUUGUAUGAUCUACACACUGGGAGGCUGGGUAUCUAUUGGUCUGUUAAAACACACGGUCUUCUGUUUUGUGUAUGUUUUCAUUAAAUAAUGCAGUGUAUUGAGUGUAUUUCUAUUGUGUUUCGUGACAGGUUGGAAAGAAUAACUUCAGACCUCCUCCAAAGGUGGAAUCCAGUGUUGUCCGCAUAGAACCGAAAAAUCCUCCACCACCAAUUAAUUUUCAGGUAAGCUUUUAGAAGAGAUGCGUUUUAUGCGUACCUUAGUGUAUCAGUAUCCUUUCAGAAUACCUUCAUCAACUUUUCUUGAUAAAUAAUGAUUGUUUUCAUUUAUAAUCUUGAUGUUUAAUGGAUGCUAUUCAUUGCAUUUUCUGCACCAUACAACAGUAGAGUCUCACAUGAAUCAUUUUAGUCACACCAAUUGUAGCUGGACAAGAAAAAGGACAAUUUUAUAAACCUGCAUCCAUAUCCAGAUCUUUUAUUUUUCAUCAGCAACAUAGUUAUUGUAUUCCUACAGCUAACUAACCAAAUUUUUUUGUACAAGUACUGCACUCCGUAUUGGGGCUUAUUUACUAAAUACCAAAUUGUAGUGAAUGAAAAUCUGAACUGCAGAAAUUAGCUAAGAUUCUUCAGCCUAGAUAUAUUCGUAGUAUUUUAGCGUACAUUUUUUUAAUUUAGUUUUCAGUUUAUUGCAAUUUGUUGUCUAUCUUGAUGUUCUGGUGUUUUUGGGGUCUAACUGUCACAGAUAUCAUGUACAAUGUCAAAAAUAAUAAGAUUAAGUUUUAGUAGGUGCAGACCAUAUCAAACAGAUUCAUUUAUUUAUUAUUUCGUUAUUUUGACCAACGAUUUAUUGACUUUUUCCCGAACGUCUUACUAAAGUUCUUUAUUUAUUGCAUUACCUGUGGUGUUUGUGUAAAGUAAAACGUUUGGUGUUCUUCUGUGUAAGUGUAUGGUAAAGUCUAACGUUUUCUCAUUAGAUAAAUAUAUAAUCAAUUCUAAGUGCACCUGCUCAAUUUAUAUCCAUUUCUCAUUAUCAAAAUAAUUGCAUGUAUCAGAGCUAUCCAUAUGGAUAAUGGAGGCCUAACACGUAUAAUGAUUUUAUACCUAUUUUCCUGCUAGCAAAACCGAUAUGACAUGUCUAAAAUAAUUAAGGACCCUUUCAAUACAGUGUCCUUCAGCAUGGUUGUAAAAUUUUAUUUAUGUAUUUUACCAUACACGCAGGCACAAAAGAAAAAGUGUUUGGCAGAUACACUCGACUUUACUGAGAUUGUAAAUAAUUGAAACCUUGUUUUGCCCGUCCUUAGCAGGGACUUAACUCUAUUUACACGUUAGAACAGCUUUCUCAUAAAACAAUUACUUUCAUCACACACUGCUGAUCCUGUAAACAGCUGAUUGUCUGUUGACAAUGAGAAUGCCUGCAUUCUAAAAAUUGUUAAUAUCCUCUUCAUUUCAUUGCAUCAGUGAGAAACACUGUAAUAAGUAUUUUAGCUCUUUAGCUUGUGAUGGUCACCCAAAUAUGGCUGAGCAUCAUGGGGAAAAAUCGACCUUCGCAUUUAAAGUAGGACUGAACUAUAAGAAUAAAUUUCUCUGUUGAAUCACUGAUUGUAGAAAAUAUUAUUUCAGGAAUGGGACGGUCUGGUCCGAAUAGCUUUUGUCAGGAAAAACAAAACCCUUUCCGCAGCAUUCAAGUAAGUCUACACCUGAUAUUCCCAUUAUAAUUUCAGCCAUUUUCCUUUUCUUAUUCUGUACACCCUUCCACUUUUAUAAGAAAAUGUGUAGCCUAUUGCAUACACAUUGGUGAGCAUGCAAUAGACUCUCCAGGUUUGUAGUGUCGAGUAACUUUUGGUGACCACAUAUAAACAGUUGUUGGCUGUAAUAAACUACAGAUUGUAAGUAAGCUUGUAGAGAGCAUGUCUUCCAUUGUAAUUAGCCAGGCAUCACAUGUAUAUCACAUGUAUAUCACAGCCAUACAAACAGUUGUAGAUCUGACUCCUGAUUAAUAAUGAUGGGAGUUGCACUUCCAAGUACCAUAAACAACAACUGCUGGACUGCGUACAGUGCCGGAGCCACCUACAAUCGAACACAUCAAAUUAAAUUCCUUGUUAUCAAAGUUUAGUUUUAAGUGCUUCUGAGAGAGGGAGAAAGUGUAGCUCUUGGUUGUUAGACUGGGGCUGUUAUUUUUCUGUACAAACUUUGCUUACGUAGAAAAAAAAAUGACAACAAGACCAACACACAUUAUGAGCCAAUUUAAUUUUUAUAAUAUUUUAAUUCCACUUUUUAUUUUAAUAUUUGUAUUAAAAAUAGGAGGAAAACGUAUUAUCCUCAGUCAGCCUUCAUCCAUGUCGAGCUUGUGUGUGUGUGUGUGUGUGUGUGUUCAUGUACUUGGAAUGUUUCUGUGUGUUGCAUUCCAUAACAACUGGAACAGUCAGUCCCUGGCUUUUACAUCUUGUGGAGCACUUUUUGUUUUACUCAUGUAAUAUUAAAAAAUACAUAACAUUGAAGAAUAUACUAGGAGAAAAUCAUGUCACCUCUGGUCUCUUGGUUUAUUAUGAGAAAAAUAAAUGUAUAAUAAAAAAUGGCAUUUCAGUGCAACUUAUAUAAUGAAAUCUCUGUGGUUUUGGAGUGAUAUUCCAGCUAGUACUUCCAUUUAUUCAUUUUUAGAUCCAGUGCCGUCCAAGAGCUUCUUGAAAAGAACUACAGAAUCCACUGCUCAGUACACAACAUUGUAAGUAGAUUAAAUUAACGAACAUUUAUAGAGCGAGUAAUGCUCAUACAUAGAUGGUUUUAUCUCCAUGGGAUAUUUAAUAUAUGUCAGUAUGUAUUGUGAUUGUCCCAGCAUGCUUUUUACGGCAGCAAGAAGCUGGUGUUGAGAGCUGAACAUAAAUAAAUUACUUGUUCCAAAAUAUACCGGUCUAUCCAGUGAGGAAAUCUAAAAUGUAGCGGAAAAGUAAAUAAAUGUACAUGUAUUCCCCGUAUACAUGUCACAUAGACCAAUGGAAACUUGUAGCCAGGGACAUAGCUAUAAGAAACAUUAAUAUAACCUAUCCAGUUUCUGUAAAGUGCAGUGUUCAUGGGCUGUUUGCUAUAGUGGUUAACAGUGCAAGUGUUGGGGGUGUACUGCCAGAAGCGUAGUGGAUUAACACUGUUUAGUGUAAAUUAAAUUUAAGGCAAAUGAAUUGAUGACCAAACGUGAGGAUAUUUGCAAUCCAGAUGUGUGUAUUGUUCCUCAUUUGUAGUUAAAAUAUGCAGAAUCACUGUUUUACUUGUGUAAUACAUAAUUCAAGUGCAUUAUCUUUUUCUGUUUCUUGUUAUAUUAAUGCAGGCAAUUCCUGAAAAUUUCAGCAUUUCCGAGAAAAUCGAAAAAAUUCUUCAAGAAACUGGAUUUAGUGAAAAACGUGCCCGAACUAUGGAUAUAGAUGAUUUUAUUAGGUAAUUUUAAUUUACUAGCAUGGAUGUUUUCUGUACUCUAUAUGUGUAAUAGAUCUGUGUUCCAUGCCCUCAUUCAUGUGUUCUAUUAAAACAUUUUGCUAAACUGUACCGGAUCAAACCUGCAGCUCCCUUGUUGGAAUGCUGGGGUGCUAUCACACCAGUGAAUUGCUCGUUUUUGGCACUGCCAUAACUGAGGGGUCUAUUUACUAAAUCUGCUCUGACAGAAGUACAAUUCAUUGUGCUUCAACACAUUCGGCUGGCAUUAUACUAGUGACAUACAAAACAAUAAUUGAUGAAAUAAGAGCUUAUUAAAUCAGGAAGAAGAUAUUAAUUGACAUAAGAAGGAAAAGGGAGCAAGUGAUAUGGGGAAGGUGUGAGGGUUAGUUAGACCUGAGAAGGUGUAAAUUAAUGUAUACACAUUCUUACUAAGGGUUCCUCAUGGCACAAGUACCUCUGGACUGAGGGGUUAAUGCUGGAAUAAGUCUAAUCAACUGCAACCUUUGUACAUAAAUCCCCAAGUAAUGUGUAUUGUUUACAACAACUUUGCAAAAUAUUACGGGUGUCUUGUGGGAGAUGAUUUAAAAAAAAAAAAUGUUUGUGUUAUGAUUUUUAGUUUUAUGUUUCUCUUUCCUUUAAUGCAGGGGUAGGGAACCUUCUGCCCUCCAGAUGUUUUGGACUACAUCUCCCUUGAUGCUUUGCCAGCAUUAUGGCUGGAAGAGCAUUAUGGGAGAUGUAGUCCAAAACAUCUGGAGGGCUGAAGGUCCCCACCCCUGCUUUAAAGGAAUACUAUAGGCUCAGGAACACAAACAUGUAUUCCUGCCACAUAGUUUUAAAACCACAAUUUAGGUGGCUUGCCCCCUUAGAAAGGGUUAAAACUUACUUUAUUUCCAGCUCUCCACGGGUCUGCAGGAGUUGGCCCACUCCUGACCCCCCUCUUUGGCUGACAUUAUCAGAAUUGAUGAUCUCAACCAAUCCAAUGCUUUCCCACUGACAUCGUCAAGGAGGCAAGGCCAAAUGCCGCUCUGGCCAAUCAGAAUCUCCUCAUAGAGAUGCAUCAUUAUUAUUGGUAUUUAUAUAGCGCCAGCUUAUUCCGCAGCGCUUUAAAUUAAUCCACGCAGAGCGUGAAGUGCAUCUGAGGAGUGGCCAGUGGAGGUGUGACUAGGCUUCUAUGAAAAGACAGUGUUUACUGCAAAAAGCCUGCAGAGACUCACUAUACCCCCCAGAACUACUACAUUAAGCUGUAAUUGUUUUGGUGACUACAGUGUCCCUAUAAGCAACAGAGUAUUCACAUAUUUUAGAGAAUUCAGUGCAGAUUUCAAAAUGUUACUUGGAUAGCGGAGUUGGAAAAAUUCUCAAUUGCUCCUGUUGUUACAGCUUAACUGUUUUAACCUCAGAUCUGCAAUUUUUAUUCAUUAAACUUCAUAGUGAGGUGAGAUUUGUAGCUAACGCCAAAAUGAAUUUAAAAUUUUAGGUUGAAAUGAAAAAUUGAUUUGGAGAAUGUUUCCUGUUCAUUUAUCAUGGCCUAGACGAUUAGAUCCACUUUGAAUUCCUAGGAAUGAAUUGUCAAUCUUUGGGAAUGUAUUUAAUGUUAUUGUAAAGCAUUCAAAUGUAAAAGAAUAUUUACUGUUUUUGCUUUUAGCCUUCUCCAUGGAUUUAAUGCUGAAGGAAUUCAUUUUUCUUAAUCAUCUCAACAAUUCAUUAUCCUUUUCGCUGGAAACCCAUCGUUGAACCGUGCAUCAAUUUUUAAGUACUUUGACAGAUAUGAACCAAUCACCUUCACUUGACAUUAGUGAUUUGUAUACAAUAUGUAAUAUAUAAAGAAAUAUGUGUAACUGAAUAUGUAAACGAACAAUAAAAUUAUCUUUAUUUAAAAAA